AAUUAAUGGGGGCCUGCUUUUCGAAUUCAUAAAAUCCUAGAGUUAACUAACAGAAAUAAAGUUUAGUAAAUCAAACGCAAAAAACUGUAUAACUACAAUAAACAACUCAACUGAGUGGAUAACCAUAAUUGAAAACAUAACAAGAGGCUUUAGUAAACCAACAAGAACAAAAAUUAAAUGAAAGAAUAGAUGAAUUCCCAUUAAGUAAAGAAGAAUUCGAACUAUUUAAGGAUGAUGUUUGUAUUAAAAACAUACAUAAAUAAUUUGAGAAUAUAAGUCAGAUAUUUGAAAGAGUAUGAAAAUAAAUUUAUAGUAGUUGACAUAAGAGCUUGAUAAACUUUCACAGUAAUUUUUAUCAGAAACUGAUUACGAAGCCCUUAAGUGA